AUGUGCCGUUCUGGGUUCAAUCAAGUCACGGAACCUGGCCGAAAGAAUUCUCCAAGGAUCUCCCUUCGGUGCUGUGAAGUUGCCGGUUCAACAGAGCUGUGUGUUCUAGAUUUGGUGUUCCUUAGCCAGGCCAACAUGGCCCAUGAACAAACGUCUGGAGACCACCUUGUGGCGAAGUUGGAGAAAGCUCAGCUGGUGAGUCGUCUCGUGAAGCAAGCCCCGCCUGGAGAAUUCAAAGAGGUCUUCAGUGACUUGCGCAUGCUUGUAGAUGAUGAUGCCAUGAUGUGCGAGGAAGCUGAAAACCUCUGCGCCAUACACGACAAGGACCAUUUCACUCCGGUCCAAACAGAAAGGUGCAAUGUGUUGUUGACCCGUCACAACGAGUUGGAAGAGAACCGCUUCCUGGACCCACAGAAUCGAGUCUCCUUCAAGUAUGACCAUCUGAGGAGGAUGCCAAGCGAUUUCCAGGCUCACCAUGAAGAAGACAAGAAAGGAGAAGCAUGGAGAAGAGAAUUCCAUGAAGCCUUGAAGGUCUACGUUGACAAACACUACCCAGAAGGGCUUUGCAGCGUCUUCAUCAAGGACACAGCCGUCCGGACAAUCUUUGUGGCUUGUAUAGAAAGCCAUCGGCACAGACCCUCUGCCUUCUGGAAUGGUUUGUGGAGAUCAGAAUGGACAUUUGCUUUGGUUCCUUCCUCCACCUCCACAGAGGUGACAGGGAAUGUUCUGAUUCAAGCACACUACUUUGAGGAUGCCAACAUGCAUCUGAAUGUUGCCAAGGAUGUAGAAGAGACUCUACUGGUUACCGACAAGAUCCAGACAGCACAAGAGUUUGUGAAGCUGGUGGAGAAGGUGGAAAAUGCGGUCCAGCGUGGGCUGAUGGAGGAGUAUCAGCACAUGAACGGCACCUAUUUGAAGUCCUUCCGGAGGCAGUUGCCCAUCACUCAUGCCCGUCUCGACUGGGAGAAAGUCGUCACAGUAAGGGUUGUGGAGGCCCGGGCCAUUCAGGUGUGA